UUGCGCAGCUGCUGGUCAGUGUGAGUUUUUAUUUAUACCGAUUUUUAUUCCCGUUUAUUGUGAGAAGCGAGCGGUCAGCGUCAGUCCGCGAGAGACACGCAUGAGGGGCUGAUGGAAAGCGCGCGGGAGCCGGCGGACGAGCGUUCGGAGCGGAAGCACAGGGAUUCGUUCGGUAUCUCUGAGGGCUGUGAGAGCUGCAGUGAGGAGUCCAGCAGCAGCUGCACUUCAGACGACAGCGAUGAAGAUUCGUCACCACUGCCCACCACCCUGCCCAUCAUACACACCAACGGACAGGUCUACACCUACCCCGAUGGCAAAGCGGGCAUGGCGACGUGUGAGAUGUGCGGCAUGGUGGGUGUCCGAGAUGCGUUUUACUCCAAAACGAAGCGCUUCUGCAGCGUGUCCUGCUCACGGAGCUACUCAUCCAACUCCAAAAAAGCCAGCAUCAUGGCCCGACUGCAGGGUAAGCCUCCGACCAAAAAGGCUAAAGUGCUGCAGAAGCAGCCGCUAAUGGCUAAGCUAGCUGCGUACAGUCAGAACCAGAACAAUCAGCAGAGCCAGGUGAAGGUUAAAGCAGCUGUGCCCCUGGACAGUUUUGACUGGGGAAACUACAUUGGCAGUGGAGACAUGGUGGGGGCGCCGGUGAGCUGCUUCAAACACGUUCCUAUGGGAACCUCCUGGGACGACAUUACGGAGGGCAUCAGGGUGGAGGUGCUGAAUUCAGACAGUAGUAUACCCAUGAAGGUCUACUGGAUUGCCAGUAUCAUCAAGCUGGCAGGGUUCAAGGCUCUGCUCCGCUAUGAGGGAUUCGACAGUGACUCCGGGCAGGAUUUCUGGAGUAACCUGUGUGUUCCUGAUAUCCACCCUGUGGGCUGGUGUGCUUCAGGAGGAAAACCUCUCGUUCCACCCAAAUCAAUCCAGCACAAAGUGACGAACUGGAAGGCGUUCCUGGUUAAACGUCUCACCGGAGCCAAAACACUGCCGCCCGACUUCUCCAGCAAGGUGCAGGAGAGCAUGCAGUUCCCCUUUAAGAAGCUGAUGCGGGUGGAGGUGGUGGAUAAGGCUCACCUGUGUCGGACGCGGGUGGCCCUGGUGCAGCAGGUGAUCGGGGGACGUCUCCGACUUGUCUACGAGGAGAGUCAGGACGGAUCGGACGAUUUCUGGUGCCACAUGUACAGCCCCCUCAUCCACAGCAUCGGCUGGUCCCGCAGCAUCGGACACCGCUUCAAACGCUCCGAUGUGGCGAAGAAGCUGGAUGGUCAGGUGGACGCACCGGGACAGCUGUUUGCUAAGGUGAAGGAUGUAGAUCAGAGCAGUGAGUGGUUUAAGGAUGGGAUGAAGCUUGAGGCCAUCGACCCCCUCAAUCUGUCCGCCAUUUGUGUCGCCACAGUCAGGAAGGUUCUGGCGGACGGAUACCUCAUGAUCGGAAUUGACGGCUCGGAGGCAGCGGAUGGUUCAGACUGGUUCUGUUACCAUGGCACCUCUCCCUCCAUCUUCCCGGCUGGUUUCUGUGAAAUCAACAGCAUUGAGCUCACUCCACCUCGCGGCUACAUAAAACUCCCGUUCCGAUGGUUCGACUACCUCAGGGAAACCAGUUCAGUGGCAGCUCCAGUAAAGCUGUUUAACAAGGACGUCCCCAACCACGGCUUCGUUCCCGGCAUGAAGCUGGAGGCCGUGGACCUCAUGGAGCCACGGCUGGUGUGUGUUGCCACGGUGACGCGGAUUGUGCACAGGUUACUGCGGAUCCACUUUGACGGCUGGGAGGAUGAAUAUGAUCAGUGGGUGGACUGUGAGUCGCCUGACCUUUACCCUGUAGGCUGGUGCCAACUGACCGGGUACCAGUUACAGCCCCCCGCAAUGCAGGCAUCGCGGGAUCUUUCUGCAGGCGUACCGAAGCAGAGGAAGAAGUCCCAGCAGUAUAAAGGGCAAAAGAAAAAAAGGAAGAUUGCGAUUGGUAAGCGGCCGGUGAACCUGUGUGGGGCGGGGCUUCCUCGGAGGAACCUGUGUGGAGAUGAGAACAUGACUCCGCCCCAUUACCCAUCAGCCCCCUCACCAUCAUCUGCUCCUGCCAACGCUCCUCUCGACUCGGCCGACAGAGACUCGACAAACCACACGCCAGUCGCUGCUCUUCAGCUGAAGGAUGAAGCCGCUAAAGCCGACGAUUUCAGCUUCCGACAGAGUUCUUCAAACAGCACGGACGGAUUCUUCGUCAAACAGGAACCGUGAGCCUGAAUAAACUUUACACAGCUCAUCAGCAGAAAAACAAGCCACACAUCAGUGUCUCGUAUCGGCUCUGUGGCUGCUGACCUGCUUCACCCUCAGCGGUCCGUUUAAUCAUGACUUAUUUUGGUUAAACCAUUAAGGCCCUUAUCUGAAGCUCUGAGCACAAAUCUGAAGAAAUUACUCAAAUCCAUCAAACCAAGCAGCUAAACAGUGAGUUUUCAUCACUCAAUAAAUCAUUACAUUCAGCAUUGGGUCACAGGACUACUGAUUAUUAACAAUACGAUAGAAAUUUCAGAUCUGAUUGAGAAUAAAAGUAGAAGAGCUAGAUGUAAUGGGAAAAAUAAUUCUUUGGAUUGUGUUAGAUGUUCGUCCAAGACAAAACUACACCAAAUUUCAUCACUAUAGACCAACCAGAACACGUCCUGUGGCAUUUUCCCUUAUCAUACAAGAUGUUGGACACAAAUAGGUUCUGACGUAAAACCAUAACUAAUGUUAACGUAUUUUAAAGUAUUUGUUAAGUUGUCAGUUUUCACCCAGGACUUUUAUACAUUCACUGUAAAUGCAAAUGUUACUGUUUUAAACACUCUUUUAGUGCAUCACAGUGUUUGGUUGAGCAUAACUCAGUGUGUGAGGUGUAAACAGAGUGAUUCAGAGUGGUUUGGUGUGAAAUGGUUCAGAUGUCUUUACAGUGGUGGUGAUG